AUUCUUCAAUUUCCUCACACGGCCACUCCCUUCCAUUUGACUACGCGUUCUUUGGGAUAAUCACUUUCUCAUUUGCUUAAUCACUCUAACCUUCUUCGUUCUUUAAUGAUUUCUUAUCCUAUUUGUUUGUUUCUUUUGAAUUUUGAUGCCUUUUUCUUCCUUUGAAUUCGCCCUUUUUUCAUCUUCUACACGCAAUCUCCUCUUCCUUUACCUAAUACCCAUCUCUUUUGUUUGGUAUUACUCUCUGGGUUUUUGAUUUCUCUGAGUUAGGGGCUAAGUUCGGAGGUGGGUUUGUUCAGAAAUGGAGAGUAACCCGCAAUCGCUUAGGCAAUUCAGCGACCAGCUUCGACUGCAAUCUGGGAAUCUUACGAACCUGUCGCUCAACGAUUCUAUCUGGAGCAAUUCGUAUGUCUCCAAGAGGCACGAAGAGAGGAGGAAUUUCGAUGUGCGAAAUGGCGGAGAGGUAAAUUUAGUGAAUAAUUUUAAGCCCAAACUGUGUGAUUCUGAUGUCAAUCGGUUCAAUGAUGGAUGGAAUAGUUUUAAGCCGAGAGUUGCUUCUGAUCUUAAUAAUUGGAAUAACAGUAGCAAUCUUAGUUCAACUGGGUAUGAAAAGAAUGCACUCAAUGUGUUUGAUAAUGGGUGGAAUAGUUUGAAGCCACAGGGGUCUGAUUUUAAUGGCUUCAACGAUGGUUGGAAGCUUAAUUCUGCAAAUAUGGGGGUUGAUCCAGUGGUUGGAGGAACCCAAAAGGGUAUUAACGGAGGGUUUAACCAAGGGAUUUUCUCACAAAUUGGGAAUUUUAACAGUAAUGGUUUUGUAAAUGUGAAGAACUACAAGAACAGUGGGAAGGUUGAAGAAGAAAAUGGAGGAAAGAAUGGGAAGAAGAACAGUAACAAGAAGAUUAAUGGUGAAAAUAGCAAUGAUAAUAAGGAAAGUAAUAAGAAUGGUUUGGACAAGAGGUUCAAAACCCUUCCCCCAUCUGAGUCUUUGCCCAGAAAUGAAACAAUUGGUGGAUAUAUCUUUGUCUGCAACAAUGAUACAAUGCAAGAGAAUCUGAAGAGGCAGCUUUUUGGUUUGCCUCCAAGAUACAGAGAUUCUGUCAGGGCCAUAACUCCUGGGCUGCCUAUUUUCCUCUACAACUAUUCUACCCACCAACUCCAUGGAAUCUUUGAGGCUGCAAGCUUUGGAGGGGCAAACAUUGAUCCAACUGCCUGGGAAGACAAGAAAACUCCGGGCGAAUCUCGUUUCCCGGCGCAGGUCAGAACUGUGACUAGGAAGAUAUGUGAGCCACUGGAAGAGGACUCUUUCAGACCGAUUCUUCACCAUUACGACGGUCCCAAGUUUCGUCUCGAACUCAACAUUCCAGAGGCACUCUCUCUGCUGGAUAUAUUUGAAGAACAAUCCUGUUGAACAGCAUAACAUGCUCCUACACUAGUCAGGCAGGACGCGUAGUACUCGUAUGCGAAUUAAUCGAUAGAAUUGCCAACAACGACAAUGAUGAUUGAAAGGAUCAUCAUGAUCAUGUGAGUUUAAGCUAUAAGUGUGUUUGGUGUUUGUGUGGUGUUGUCUGAUAGAGUAACUGAAGAUGGAAAAGGUUCGUAAGUGUAAUGUAACAAUAAAUAUGUAUUAUAUGGGGUUUGAGUUAUGGAUAUUGCAUGGUUCCAUUAUAA